CUCGCUCUGGAGUCUUUUUCUUCGCAGAAGCCCUCUGUGUGUCAGCGUCCGCAGGUCGACCGCGGCACUCAGUACUCACGAGCCAAGCGGACGCGCAUGAGUUUGAGUUCGACUGCAUGCUGGCGCUGACUUUCUCAGCUGAACUCUGCUGCACAACUAGCUGUGAAGAGUUUUUGCUAGCAGUGGUCCUUCUCUCGGGAGAGGCGCUGUAGAUUUGCAGUGCCCAGGCAAUUCCAGCAGGUGUGCUCACUGCGUCGACUCCGUUUAGCAGGACGCUGUUUCCAUCGUCCGCGAGUGAAAUUUCCUGUCCAUCAUGUCGUGGUGAAACGAAUCGCAUUCAAAGCAGCUGCCGACGACAGCCUGACAUCCCCGCGGAUGCGUACAGAGAGAGAGAUCACGAGGAACGAGUUUCUUACAGCGGCUCUGCGGGUCUUGCAUGCACGCGUCGACUUCCUGAAAAAGCGCAAGGCUUCUCGACCGCUCGGGAAGUCUCUCUUCUGCUGUCGCUCUCUUUUCACACUGCGACAUCACUCCUUGCUGGGUGCUACGCUCCCGUUAAAAUCUCUUUUCUCUGAGAGACUCGGCGCCUCCAGGCGAAAUCGUCGCAGCCACCGAAGGCGUCAGACGCAGUCUCCUCACCAGACGGACGGUAAAGUGCUGCAGCUUUGGCUCUCGGAACUCGUGACGUCAAUUUUUUCUCUACCUUUUCGCGACUCUGAGGAGACAACCGGAGACUAGCCGCCCGUCGCGCGCAUCGUCGAGAAAGAACGCAGAAGGAAAGAGAAGAAACAACAGCAACAGCGGGGAGACGAAACGAAGAAGCGAAGAGAUGAGAUAAGGAAGCAGAGAGAAGAGAUAAGGAAGCGGAGAGACGAGAUAAAGAGGCAGAGAGAUCUCGCGACGAUUCUUCUCGCUGUUCUGUGCAAGAAGGAGGCAAAACGUCCUCUUUGCCAUCUCCCCUCUUUCGUUCAGAGUAAUGAAGAUCGCCAUCGAGGGAUGUUGCCAUGGCGAGCUCGACGCAAUCUACAGCUCCUUGGCUCGCCUCGAGGAGAUGCACAAAAUGAAGGUGGACCUCCUGAUUUGCUGCGGAGACUUCCAAUGCGUUCGGGACUCGAACGAUCUUCAGUUUCUCGCCUGCCCGCCGAAAUACAGAGAUCUCCGCGACUUCCCGGCGUACUUUCGAGGAGAAAAGGAGGCUCCUUGCCUCACCGUUUUCGUAGGAGGAAACCAUGAAGCCCCGACUGUCCUCCGCGAGCUAUAUUAUGGCGGGUGGGUGGCUCCGAAGAUUUUCUAUCUCGGUCACGCGGGCGUCGUCAACGUCGGCGGCGUUCGCAUCGCGGGGCUCUCUGGAAUUUUCAAGAGUCAGGACUACCGGAAAGGGUACUUCGAGAGGCCUCCGUACACUGAAGACACCAUGCGUAGUGCCUACCACGUCCGAGAAUUUGAAAUUGCCAAACUGAGUGAGCUGACGGGGCGCGUAGACAUCGUGGUGACUCAUGACUGGCCGGAGGGGAUUUACGACUUCGGAGACAAGACAGAACUUAUACGGCAGAAGCCUUUUCUGGAAAAGGACAUUCAAGCGCACGAACUGGGCAAUCCGCACUCGAUGGAAUUGCUGAAAAAGCUAAAACCGGCCUUUUGGUUCGCGGCGCACCUGCACACCCGCUUCGCUGCGGUGUACGUACACCCGGGGCCAGAGGGAAAGGCGACGCGUUUCCUCGCUCUGGACAAAGUUCUGCCUCGACGCGAGUUUCUUCAGAUUCUUGAAGUCGAGCCUCUUCUCCCUGCGGGCUACGUGCAACAGCUUUCUCCCGGUAUCAGUCGGCGCUCUCCGACUCUGUGUUACGACGAAGAGUGGCUGGCGAUUUUGAGGGCGAAUCAACAGGUCCUUCCUGUGAGCCGAUUCCCCCAGAAGUCGUGUCUAGUCACAAAAGCCACAGCUGACGACCUCGCGACAGUGAAGAAAAACUUGGCAAGUUUGGGUCUGCGAAACUACAGGGAGACUUCGAGUCCCAAGCGACUUUCUCUGAACUCCGUGGGCGCUGCGGCUGCGGCGGAAGACGCGCGGAGAGAGAGCGACGGAGAUCGGAGGUCUGCGCGAGAGGAAAAAGAAGGCUGUGAGGAAGCAGCUGCAGGCGUGUCUGCCGGUGCGUCGGUGCAGAGGACCGAUGUCGCCGCGGAAACACCGCCACAGCCACAGGGGGGGCAAGAGGAGAGCACGGUCUUCGAGUGGAUCAACUGGGCAGACCCCCGGGCGCCCUACACAGAGCUGAAGGAGCAGCGCCUGUUUCUGCUGAGAAACAUUCUGGGAUUCGACGAAGCAGACGAUAAAUUCGGCGAGGCGAGGCAACGAGAAGCCGCAGACGUCGACGUUCCUGUCGACUGGACUUCCGGACAUGUCGACCCACAACGCACCACGGAAGAAGUCGACAUUUGCCUCGACCUUUCAGACGAGGAAACGGCGUAAACGACGCAGUCCCGGCUGCGCAAAAAGACGAAAGAACGAGUUCGUGAAGGUCGAAGAAAAGAGAGAACGACAUGAAGGUCGAAACAAAAAGAGAACGUGAAGAUCGACGAAGAGAGGUUGACCGUGAAGGAAGUUGAGGCGAAAAGAGCGUCUCUGGCGUCUCCUGUGGAGGCAGACGCGUGGUCUGACGACUCGAGGAAACAUUGCACCGCUCUUCUCUUCUCUGGCGGUCGGCCUUCUUGAGCACCCACAUCUGAUGUAUAUCUCGCGAAACGCAGUGAAUCUCGAUGUCUCCGUUUCUAGAAACGCUCGAUUCCUCUGACAGGUGAAGAGACACUCGGACCAUCUCUCCGAGUCUCAGACAGCCGAUGUGCAAAGGUGCAACUCCGCAUGAAUAAAUGCUGAAUGGACUUCUCUGCCCUCAUUUCUCAAACUGUCCUCGGUGGCGAAUGAAAAGACGCUGGGUAUCUC